UUUAAAAAAAAGGAAUAGAAUUCCAUAAAACUUGUGGCUGUUACGGAUGGCAACUUUAAAAAAAUAAAAAUGUCACCACGUCUCAAAAUAUCAAAAUAUGUGAUUGAGAGGUUGUUAAAGACUGAAACAUAUGAGACUACAGGAUGUUUGUACGGUCUCAUGUACGAUGGAACUUUGCUUGUCAUUGGAUUUAGUUUAGAAUAUUUUGAAAAUGAAAAGAAAACAUACAGCCAACUACUUCUGAAUCUCCCUGCUGAGGUGGAGCUUUGUGGUGUAGUUAAAUUUUGUGAUACAACAACUUUAGAUUCCAAACCUAAAGCAAUUCUGCAAGAUGUUGAUAUAACAGAUAAUCCAUUGUUUUUAAUAAUUGAUAAGGAUAAGGAAAUAAAAGCUCAUUUUUUGAUUCAUGAGAAGUUUGAGGAAACAAGUUACGAUGUAUUUGAAAAUGAGGAUAUCUGGAAACAAUUUUUACAUGUCCGAUUAAAUACAAUACUUCCAUUGUCAUGUGAAGCUACUAUAUCUGGUGUCAAAAGUGUACUUCAAAGUAAAAGGAAAAAGAUAGCUUCAGGACAGGUGUCAUUUCAAAUAAAUGACAGUUCUGUAUAUCUGUUUGGUAUUGCAUCUGGUGUAGGAGUAACUGGCACAAGUACUGAGGCAAAUAUAGGGGAUCUUGUGGAUUCUUGGAACCCAGAGCAAAUGUCAAAAAAGAAGAAAUACAACAUAAAUAAUGUUGAACCAGUAUCCGUUAACUUAGUAAUGAAAGCAACAAAGGAUAUGUUAUCAGAUAAGCUUGUGAAGACUGCUGUUAAAAUGAUGACGACACAAAGGAAACCUGCAUUUUGUAUAAGUAUGCCGCUAAGAGUAGAUACAAUAGCAAUGGUUCAUCGAAACACAAAAUUAUCGGAGUUAUACAGUAUACUUGUUGAAGCGACAUGCAGAUCACUCAAGUUACUUGAAAGUGUUCUUAUAGAGCAGUUGGGGCAAGAGGGAAUUGGUGAUGGGGCAGGUUUGAGACUGCCGGAGACGUUCCACUAUUUAUCACCAGAAAUUGGCCAUUUCAUCACUCGGGUUGUGCCUAAAGGAAUACCUGAUGAGAGCAUGGAAAAAGAAAGAGUAUCGCUUCACGAACAGUUGGAUUUACCACUAACUCGACCAAUGUUUAGGCGAGGAAACGCAUAUAUAUUCAAUAGCCCCAAACUCAUCAACCCCCACGAAGGAAUCGCACCACAGAAUCGAGGAAAAAUUGCAACCGUUCGGGGAAAAUAUCUGUAUUGCCAUUAUAUGCAGGAUAAUUUCAAUGAUGAUGGAUGGGGCUGUGCUUAUCGUUCUAUGCAGACCAUAUUCUCUUGGUUUAAGUAUCAGGGAUUCAGUACACUAGAUGUGCCAACUCACAAAGAAAUCCAGCAGUGCCUUGUCAAAAUAGGGGAUAAGCCAUCCUCCUUUGUGGGUUCUAAGCAAUGGAUUGGCUCCACCGAAGUCAUGUUUUGUCUGGACACACUCAUUGGAGUACAAUCGAGAAUUCUUUUUGCAAAUACUGGGUCUGAACUGCUGACUUACACCCCGGAGUUGAUUCAUCAUUUCCAGCAACAUGGCAGUCCCAUUAUGAUAGGUGGAGGUGUCUUAGCCCAUACGAUUAUAGGUGUCGAAUACAAUGAAGAUAAAAACGAGACACGCUAUUUGAUCUUAGACCCGCAUUACACUGGCGCUGAUGAACUCCAAACCGUCUUAAGCAAAGGCUGGUGCGGGUGGAAGUCAUCAGAUUUUUGGAACAAAACCGCACAUUAUAACCUAUGUCUCCCACAGACUAAACCUUGUGUAUAAGUGUUGCCAUAAAUGAUAAUGUUGCUAUUGAAUGGCAAUGUUGCCAUAAAUGAUAAUGUUUCUAUUGAAUGGCAGUGUUGCAAUAAUAUGAAUAAUAAUAUUGAAAUCGCCUGCAUUUUUAACACCUUUCAAGCAAACCAAUAUAACAGAAUUAUAUAAUUAUUUUCCAAUCUUAACUAACCGAAAUUAUAUAUUGUGUUUAAUCUUGUAUUUAAACAAUCUUUUAUUAUAUUACAAAUGCGUAAUGCAUGCUAGGCAUUUAAAAUUCAUGUGAUAUUUUUUUUUUUGAAGGAGCUAGCUAGCAUAGCUAUUUGCAUGCAUCGGUAUAUAUCCAACCAAUAAAAAACAGCCCUACAAGUCCUUUUUUGAGGUCUGGGUUCUGAUGUGUUGAGCCUUCUGUGCCUGCCUGGUUAUUGAGUAGUUAGGCCGGUUUCUUCACUACAUUUUCCUUUAAAGCGAGCGAGCGGUUCGAAUCUACGACCUUAGGGAUGAGAGUUGCACGCCAACUCUUCAUAUCCAACUCGAAAUCUAAUAAAAUAAUUGCUCGAUUUAAAAAACAAUUACCUUAACUUAAAACGGUAAUCCUCGAACAAUAGUUACGAGUAAUAGAAUAAAAAAAUAUUUUUGUAUGAAAACCUUUGUUCAAGGCCAAAUUAAUUCAAACAGUGCAACAAAAAUACAUCUGAAAUAGAAAAAAAUUAAAUAUAUGAAAAGUUUAUGGUUUGGUAAACGAAAUGCCCGAAGACAUCCUUUUGAAAUAACGUAUUAGGUACAGUUUGUCCUUUCCUAAGAGUGUAUAACAGUUGUAUCAUUCGUGUUGUGAUUUUAAGUCUAAAGUCAAAUUGCUGUCUCGACUUUUUACUGAAUUUUAAAUCCAGAUAAGUGGCGUAAUCCCAUAGUAACGUAAAGUUUACUAUACUAUUAUUAUUUACUACUAAGUGGACGUCAUGUUAACAAAUUCGCCCAUUCGCGAUACUAAUAUAUUUCUAUACUUUAAAAAAAGCUAAGGGUGUAAAUUCAAAACAGUAUUCUAUUUGGUUUCACAAACCGUCACAUCUAUGACGUUUGACGUUUGACGUCUUUAAAUAUUGCGGAACGAUACGGAGACGUCGACGAAGUCCCGUACUUCAAAAAUGUAUUGGAUUUUGAUUUACGGGUGGGUGCCACGCUUAGUCAGGUUUUUAAAUCUCAACAAAUGUGUACGGCCAAAGUUACUUGAGGUGAAAGGACCUUGGAGUGGGUGCUUUGAAGCAUUUAAUGUUAUCGUCGGGAACACAAUAUUGCUUUUAUCAUGGUUGUUCGGGUUAAGAAUAUAAAUUAAUUUUUUAUCUAUCCUUUCAUUAUAUUCAAUAUACAUUUAAUCUAUACCUGGAAAACUUUAAAGCUUUUAAGCCUUAAUCAAUUUAACAGUGUAUACAAAAUCCAUCCAUUGUCUACGCCAUUAGAACUGAAACCUUUUUAUCAAUGCCUUUAAAAAAAAUAAUUGGCCAAUCUUUUAUUAAUGACUCAAUUUUCUAAGUUUAAUUCAGUUAUUACUUUUAUAUGAAAUAAAUUAUUACUU